CCAAAUCACGAUUGUAGACCAGGACAUGGAAAAGAAAUUCUUCAGUAUCAAAAGAGACAACCGGGCAAAGUCAUCAAGAACGGCAUCAAACUCCGCAUCCUCUGCGUCGGUGACUCCAUCACGGCGGGAUUCGGCGAUACAGAUGAAAAUGGAUAUCGACAACAGCUGCGAAAGGAUUUAUCCAGUAAA